UCAAUUCUGAUCACCACACCUCAAAAAGAAUAAAACAGAAUUAGAGGGGAUUCAAAUAUGGUUAAUCAGAAGAAUCAAAGCCAUGGAUAAAGUCUUAAAUGAAGAGAGAUGUAAGGGACUGUUUACUUUAGAGACGAGAUGAAUAAGAGAGGACAUGACAACGCCACAAUUAUUUGAAGAUCAUCCCGUGAUUCAAGUAGGAUCUUAACUACAAGGAAAAUUUAAUUCCCCUGUGUCAUGGGACUUGCAGCACAUCAACACUUAAGCAACCUUCCUAGUAAAAUAAUUUGAAGUUAUGGGGCAUCAUGCUGAAGAACAGUAUCAAGGAGCUGAUUUUGAACAUGAAAAUCCCUUGGCUAAUGAUCUGGAUUGGAGCACUAUUUUCCAAUCCAGUCACGACUGACUGCAAUAUUACUUCUCUUUCUGUCACUUGUGAGGAAUCUGCAAAGAAUUACUCUUCUAUCCCUAUCUCCCUAAGUAAAAAUGUUACUAAACUGUAUCUUAGCAAUAACAACAUUACUUUAAAUGAUACCGACAAAAAGGUUCUGCAGCUAUUUAUUAACUUAAGGGAACUCUAUCUGAAUGAAAAUGCCAUUACUGUGCUACAUAAUAAUACCUUCUGCAAUCUGUCAAAACUCACAAUUCUAGAUAUUAGUAGUAAUUAUAUCAGUACAAUUGAACAGGCUGCAUUUAAAGGCUUAAAUCAACUAUCCAUAUUGUAUCUAAAUCAUAACAAAAUAUCCCAGUUGGAUUCUGACACAAUUGCAUCGCUAAAAAACCUGAUGAUUUUGAGUCUACAGGACAAUUUGUUGAAGUACUUUGAUGUGAAAGCAUCAUUUAAACUGAUUACCUUAAAUGGAAAUCCAUGGAAUUGUUCCUGUGGCCUGCUCAGUUUACAGAAAUGGUUGAAUACCUCAAAUGUGACACUGGAACGUGAAAAUGACACUCUGUGUGCAUAUCCAGAUGUCUGGAACAAAUCUUCUAUCAAGACAGCACCUAUCCAAAAAGCUGAUUGUGACUCAAGAAGAGGUUCUAUAGCAAUCACUACACCUUCCACAUCUGCCAUUUUAACAUCCUCUCUCAACUCUUCAAACAACAAUAUUAGGAGCAAUGCAUCACAUCCAGGUUCUCCACCUCUCGGCAAAACUUGGGUCUUUCUGCUGGGUGUUCUGGUGUUUGUCCUAAGCACUUCACUACUGAUUUUUAUUGUCAUAAAAUUCCCACUUUGGUACCUCUACUUGAUCAGCUACAAUCACCGACAGCUGAAAGAAUAUGAACCAGAAAUGUAUGAUAAUGAGUUCGCAACUGAUCUGAGCACUUCUCCAUCAAUAUCAAAUACCAACGAGCAAGAUUCCAUUACAGUAUUUGAACAAACUCAUACAUUUAUACUUGAUGAGGAUGGAUUUAUUGAGGACAAAUACAUAGACGACCCUGAAUUAACUGAAGAGGUUAUACACACAUUUGAAUGAACGAGAGGAAUGGAAGACCAGAAUGGAGACGGGAAGGAAUAGCAGUGGCUUCCUACCCCAAAGGCCUAUCUGAUGCUGCAGAGAUAGAUUCUGUAACUGUAAUUCCCAUUGGAAGCCUGCAUUUGAAUGGGAGCUGUAAUCACAGAAACUGCAUAUCAGUGUUUUUAUUAAUAAUCAGGUUGGAUCACUUGGGGUAAAAAUAUCUUCAGUGGUGUCUCAGGCUGCUGGAAGCCUCUUUUCAAAGAAAAGUUCCUUCUGACUAUGAACACAGUGAGCACUGGCGCAGUUUUGGUGCCUGGAGGAACCCUCCAGCAAACUUAUGAAAUUAAGAAAGACUUUCAAGGGAAAGCACAGCUGAUAUGUAUUUGCUUCUGAACAUACCAUAGGCCCAUUAAUGCACUAUUGCUUUUGAAGGGUAGAGCGUGGAGGAGAAUGAAGAAAAACUCAAAAGCCUGGGGAAUUUAUUAGGAAGACUGGUGCAUGUGGUCAGCCUCUCAGCUGAUUAGUUUUCUGUGCCUUCCACCCAAAUAAUGUGUGAUAUAUGUGAAUAUUGGUACCUUGGGUUGGGAGACAUACCACUCAUAUCUUAAAUAGAGAAAUAUCAUGGGCUUUGAGGAUGAUUCUAAGAGCAACUUUGUCACUGACCAACACAGAUGCCCCAGCAUUAGGGUCAAAACAGCUGGAUGAAAAGGUUUAGUCAGUCUUUCAAUAACUGUAGCUCUACAGAUGUUGAUUUAGGAUGUCAACCACAGUAUUUUAACACAAUGAAUCUGGGAUGCCAGGAUACCACAUUUAAUAUCCCAUGCAGUGUUUUCAGGGUAUACUCGAGAUCUAAAUUUUAGACAUGCACUUCCUUGGGAAGCAAAAAAAAAGAACUGGAUUCACUGAAAACAUAUAAGAAAUACCUUGAUGAGUUUUUUAUAACAGAAACUUUUCAUCUAUUUAAUUUUUUAAAAACUAUCAAUCCUGUUUCUGGAAAACAAUUAUAAAGUGUUUGCUAAACUUUGAGACAGAAGAGAGUUUUAUGCUGUCACAAUUCUAUAACUAAGGCCUCAGUCCUCCAAACACUUACACGUGUGCUUAACACAAUACACACAGGCAGUCAUGUGGGUCUCAACCCAGCAAACUCUUACAUACUUCGUAUUACUCACCUGAAUAAUCUCAUUACAGUCAUUAGACUGUUUAGGUGAACAAAACUAUGCAAAUGCACAAACAUUUGAAGUAUUGAAGUUGUAAUGCAUAUAUAUAUAUUUAUUGUAAAUGCUAUAUUAACAUGGCAAAUCCUCAAACUCUUACCAUAUUAUAAUCGCUCAUCACUUCUUCCAUAUCUGUAUUGGUGUUAAGUUUAUCCACUAACUGAAACAAGAAAGAAGCUCAGACAGUUAAUGCUCUGUUCUUUUUAAUCACAUUAAAGAAACAUACAAGAAGUUGGAAAACUCUUAAAUCACUCUUUGAAAAUGUUAAAAAAGAGGUGACUGAUAUAGUAUUGCAAACAAAAAUCUGAAAUUAGAAAUUUUAAUAUACUACAUGUAAGCUUCAUAUUUCAUAAUUCUUACAAGUUCUAUAUAACUGUAUAGAAAAUUAAUAAUAAAUAACAUUAAUAUUACAGAAGCGGUAUUGAUUUCUCACAUCCAAAGCAAAGUUGAUUACUUAUAAUAUCAGUACAUUUU